UGGGGUCCUCAACACUGAGGCACCCGUGCAGCGGAUCUUCACCAGAGAAAUGGACCUUAUGGACAAAAUGAUGUUCUUGAAUGUUCAGAAUGUAAGUGAUAGUCCUCAUUUGAGUCUCACAAAACCCCAAUCACAAUACCCUCCCUUGGGAUUGGGCCAAAGACACUCCAGCAGUACUCAAGGAUCCUCCAGAGAUCUAGUACCUCAGAAUGAACUGAACAUCGCCACCACCUGUCAGAUUUUAUGUGAAAUAGAUCAUGUCAUUUUCCAUGAUUAAAAGAAAACCUGAUGUAUAAUAACCAGUAAACUGUGUUUAGAUGCAGGUGGUCUUCACCUGGUUGUGGGUGGGCGUAGCUGUGUCUUUGCUGGUUCCGCCCACUCUGUCCUUCUCACAUGGUGCCAGUCAGGCUUCCUGUUUGGAAAUGAUUCCCGGCCAUAUCCGUGCGCAUUCCCAGGACCCCCGCCACAGCCACAUCAUUUUGGCUACAUCCGCCCACUCCUACCUGCCCGGACAAUUAGUCACAGUAACCGUCCGAAGCUCUCGUGACUUCAUGGGUUUCCUGCUCCAGGCUCGCCGACUGGAGGACACUGGAUUCCGCAUCAGGACCAGAGGUCAGGCAAAGGCUGUGGAGGCGUCCAAAAGAUUGGGGCCUUUGCUGGUUGGUGGCUCCUGGGCCCUCACCCCCCCCAGCACGCACACGCUACGCUGCCUCUCAGAGGGCGACACCCUCACGCACUCCGACAAACAGCUAAAGAGAAACUUGUCAUUCGUGUGGAGAGCGCCGGACGCACCCAUGGGUGACAUACAGUUCUAUAUGACCGCGGUGCAGUCCUACUUCGUUUACUGGGCAGGCAUUCAGUCAGCAGUGGUGCAUGAUGGGAGUCGUACCCUUCACAGAUUGAGCAACACCACAGUAGUGGAUGGAGGGAAUCUGCUUUUUGAACAACACGAAGAUGAAAUUACUCCUCCAACAGGUACGUCAUUUCAAAUUAAAGGGAAUCUAUGGAAGAAUUCAAUUCAAUUUCGUAUCACAAUUUACCCCUCCACAGGUCUUGGAACAGAUAGUCCUGUUACUUCACGAAAAGCUCCUAUAGCAACAACAAGUAAAAUACACAGCAAUACAUCUGUGAAAGAGCCUUCCAAAAUCAACAAUUCCAGACCAGAGAUGGACAGAUUUGUAACUCCGGAAUCCUUGACAGCUGGUACAAACAAGAUCCUCAAUGUAACAAGCAGCAUCGUGACUUCUAGUUUUCUUCAAAAAGCCACUAAAGACAGAAAGACUGAUACCUACACAAUGAUGGAAUCCAGUUCUGGAAUGCCUGAAGAAGAAAGCACUGAAACCAAUACCCCCAUUAGGCAUACCAAGGAUGAUAAGAGUUCCAAGAUUUUGUCCAACCUGAUCAAUUUUUCUCCCACCACACCCUCUUUCUCCUUAGGUGAGAUGAAAAACAUGAAAGACUCUUCGACCGUUUCUGCAAGCGUAACAGAGCAAACCUCAACUAGUUUUCCUUUCUUGCCAAAUUCCCUCACUCCAGUGUUCCCUCUAAAGGAUGGAAAAAUGUUGAAAGUUCUUGGGGAAACUAUAUUAAACAAAACAGAAAACACAACUUUUAUAUCCUCAACCACUGAUAGGUUUCAUAAUACCAGUCUGGAAAGACCCAUAACCCAGUACCCACCAGGAUCAAUCAAGAACCAAAGUAGUUUGGAGCUCCAUACCCAAAAUAGCUCUCUGCUCUUUUGGAUGACUAGCCUAUCACACUCCAAAGUGGUUAGUCAGUUUUCGACCAAAGCCCAAAAUUCUAAAUUCACCCCCUACCAAUCUUCUUCAGCCAAGCCCUUUACACCAAAGUAUCAACUCCAUCCACAAACUGGUACAAUUUGGAGCAUUCUCAUCUCUGAAACAUCUGUGUCUCAGCUCUUUCCCAAGUCCAAAUCCCCUCUGCCAAAGUCCCAUCUUCGAUUGGAAACAACCACAUCUUACUCCUCUUUUCAGUCUCAAACAAAUUCAAUCGUCAUCCAAACUGAACUUUUGUCUCUGCAGACCCCUCCCAAAAAACACCAAUACCAGACCCCCUACCAAAUCACAACUGAUUUAUCACAGCUUCCACAUGAAUACCAAACCGGGCAAAGGAAACCUACUUCACCUCACCCUCAGGUUAAAACAGCUGCACCUUUGAGGAUCCUCACGCCUCCUCAAACCCUGAGCAUUUUCCCCCCAAAAAUUCCAACUCAAAAUCACCAAGAUAGCUCAUCGCAGACAAACCAGCCCCGGCCUGAUGCGCUACCUGAAGCAUCAACUAACCUAGAAGAGACCCGGACACAGUCCCAUUACCAGACCGAUGCGCCACAAGCAAACAAUUUUAUGCGGAAGCAAUCACAACCCUCAGUGUCAGCUAAACCUUUCAAUCCUUUGGCCAUCACACUGACAUUUGGCAAACGCUUUACGUCUGAUAUAAGUGCAAGUAUCAAAGAUGGUCAGUACCCAGAAUUUAACCCAAAAGUUGCCUUCCUCUCCUCAACCACUCCUGCACCUACUGAUGUGAGAAUUCGACUUCACUCUUCAUCAGUUUCGGUUGGCCCCCUUUAUUCCUCUGGUGGAUCAUCUAUCCAACUCUCUUCCACAUCAGCAUUGGACACCCAUCGUUCCAAGAAAAUUCUAAAGACAACGCCACCUGUCAUUACCCCUCUCAUUUCUCCAACCCCAAUUUCAAUUCCCAUUCCUUCAGUUUCUGUUCCACCUUCUUCAACUACUACUGGCAGAAAUUCUUCUUACUCAUCCAAAUAUCCAUCAUCUGCUCCCUUCCUGUCCUUCAUUCCUUUGUCUACCUCUUCCUCAUCUAUCACAGAUUCAGUCUUUUCAUCACCCUCUUCUUCCACCAUCUCCCCAAUUGGUUCUUCCACAUUUACCAUCGAUUCAUCUACAUCUUCCUCUUUAUCAACAUCUACUUCCAUAUCCUCUACUUUCCAGACUUUGUCAAUCCCAUUUUAUUCUUCCUCCUCUCCCCUGGAACCAUCUCCAGCACCCCACCAUUCUCGCUACAACCUUGUUGUUCCUUCAUCUUCUCAAUUACCAGAUCAGAGAACAACUCUGGGUCAGAAGUUGCUAAAUGACGAGCAAGCAGCCAACUCUCAGAGCCAUGUUCAAUCAUCUUCUCCAGAUCAUAACUUCCUUCCACGUACAAUGAGAACAGCAAUUCAACCCAAACCCCAUCCAAACCUCAAACAAAAUCACGACCAUGAGCCAAACUUGAACAAUCCCAACAAUGAUCCCAAACCGAAAUCUCCUUCCCAGCCCUCUGGAGCUCCAGACAAAGACGGGAAGUAUCCAGACAUAAUCCCGAGACACAGUAACUGGGAGUUGGGAAUGCUGCUGGGCUGCUCUGCCGGUUUGGGUAUGGUGCUGGUGGUUGGGCUUCGGUACCUGUAUCGUCAGGCCUGUGGCAAACAGACAGAAGUGACUCUGAACGACAGGGAGCGAGAGUACGGAAGAGGAGAAAGAGGGCUGGUCCAUGUGCAGGAAUGUAGAGAUCUGGUCAAAGUCCGGAGAAUCAGAGAGAACAGUUUUGUAGUUCUUGCAGAGUACGACGUAUUGGCAUCACAUGGAGACUAAUAAAAACACACGUUGUAUACAGAUACAAGAAAAAAAAGAAAGGGCAAGUGUGUGUCUCUGAAUAGAACAGAAAAAGAACUGGAAAAUAGUAAUUUAAAAAAAAAAAAAAAAGACUGAGAACACCAAUGUGACACACACCGUUUGGUGGACAAACAGGAACUAGAAGUUAGAAACACAAAAGCCAGAAAUAAUAAUAAUAUAGAGGUAACGCUCACACAUGUAUAGACUCGAGGAUGCUAAUCUACGACAUAGCGCCACAUAAAUCAUCUUAAUAUACACAGAAUUAAUGCAGUUGGUUAAAACUUUAUUUACAAAGUGCAUGCCACAGAAAUGUUGCAAACUGUUUUCUACACCGCAACACUUCCACGGUUAUGUUGAGACAUGUCUGUGCACUGAAUAAAAGUUUAUUUUUAGUACUUGUCCAUUCUGCAGCUCUUCAUUUGAGCCCCUGUGCGAUGAAGUUUUGGCACUGCCGGUCCUCUUUGUUGGUUCAAACCACUUUGUUGAUUGUGCGCCUGCACUGCCUCUCGGGUCCACUGGCAGCUUUUUCUUAAGCGCAUUUGAUUUCAUCAAUCUGACGAGCCGUCUGUCCAAAAACAAUCUGUCUGUGAAAUUAAUCGUCGGCCAAUACGUCGCUGUGCUUUUAAGGUGCUCUUCCUGUUGGAUAUAUUCUGCAGCAGCACCGCAGAAGGAGCAUUAUACUGUUUGGGGUUUUUUUUUUUUUUCUUUUUUUUUUUGGAGGACGUGUGCUAACUGGAUGCAUCCAGACUUUAAAAAAAAAAAAAAAAUGAAGAAAAACUCACUCAAAACACUUUUUAAGGCUAGUUUCUUGUAAACUGUGGCUCUCCGUCGCUCACCAUCAAUGUAUCUAUAGUGUUUGGACACAAAUUUUUGGCUCUUUGUGCUGCUAAACGUAUUCAAAAUAAAAUAAUCAAGAUGUGAACUUUCAGUUUUUAAUCUGACUUUUUUUUUUAAACAUCCAUAUUAAUCAAAAGUUGCAGGAAGUAAAAAACAAAAAGACCUGAUUUGGAUGUAAAUGCCAAAUACACAUGAACAAAAACUACGUAACUUGAUGAAAAUGUGUUAAAAAGACUAUGUUAAACAGCAAUUCUAACGCCGAUAUGUCAAGAAUAUUAAAGGGGCCAAAUUGUGGGAAAUUUUUUUUUUUAAGUUUUUAUUUUUUACAAUUGAUUAUUGUGGGAGUUUUAUUUGAAUCAUCCUCAAAGACGCACAGUUUUUUAAUCUUGUGUGCAGAAAUUCUCUUGUAAAAGCAAAAUAUAAGCCUUAAAAACCACAUGUAAUAUUGUGUGACAUAUGUUGCAGAAAUCCAUAACUGGACUCUUGCUUGCAUCGUGAGGCAAUAAGUGGCCUGCGCGCCGAACUGGGGUGCGGAAACCAGGAAUGUUUUGUUUUAGACCUAUUGAUUUUUCGCAAGAUUCAUCACCGCAGUAUCUGUGUUUUGUUUUUUUUUUUGCCUACAAACUUUAAUACCCAUUUAAAAAAAUAUCCAAUUACCUUUAUUUGUUUAAUACAAAAGUUAUCGUAGAAUAAUCAGGAUUUUGUGGCAGUUAACGCUCAUAGAAAACAAAAGUAUAAAUGUAUAAAAAAGGAAUAGAAGUGAUCCCAGUAACGUUCCUUUUCACACACUGGUCCCUUAAAAAAUUAAUCUGCUUCCUGCAGGAUGUUUGAUGUUACAUAUAAAAAUAUAAAGCUUUUCCUCUUGCUUUUAAAUAU